AUGAUACCAAAAGAUAAUGAACUAAACGGUGACACAAUACAUAUUGAAAACUCUGAGUUAUAUAAUUUUGGCUUAUAUGUAUCAUGGAAAAAAGCAAUUUUAAUUAAUAGUACUGAAAUUCAUAAGAUCGUUCCACACUGUAAAGAAGAGCUUGUAAUGAAAAGAGUAAAUGACACACAAUUAAUGUUAGACCAAUCUUUGAAGAAAGUUGAAAUGGAAGAAUGUAGUGGAAUUGAUAUUAAGGAUGAUGUUAAAGGAAAAGAAGUUAAAAUGGUAAGAUGUCAUAAUAUGAAGAUAAUUGAUACAUCAAAUUCAAUCAACCAGAUUGAAUGUGAUAAUAUUGAAGUAAUAACAGAACAACAAAAUGAAAUGAUGAGAGGAUUUGGAAUGAUGGGAGGAUUUAUUCAUAAUAAUAUGCCAAUGAGAGGAUUUGGAAAUGGUAAUAAUAUGCCAAUGGGAAGAUUUAUUCCUAAUAAUAUGCCAAUGGGAGGAUUUGUUCCUGAUAAUAUGCCAAUGGGGGAUGAUUUGGCGAUGGAUUCGGUAUUUAGUGAAGAAAGUAAUGAUGAUGAAUAA